AUGACUGCCGUGGCCAAGCUCGUAGCGACCAGCCCACGACAGCUGACGCAUAUACUUCAAAGCGUAUGGCAGAAGACUUUCAAGCAGAGCUUUGGCGGGACCAUUUCAACUGAUGUCUGCGAGCAUCUUGGAGCAAGCUAUUUGUCUGGAAUUAUCUAUCUGGAUGCCAUUCCCUACGUCUCUGCCUUUCAGGAAGUCGGCACCAGUUUCAUGGGACCGACCAUCCAGACAUUAGUCAACCCAGAAGCUAGUGCAACAGAACUUGCAGAAGCCAUAGUCUUCCUGGUAGACUCUUGCGUCGCUGACGGAUAUGAGAUCUCCACUGAAAAGAGAUGGCUUUGGCGUGGUGUCAUCCUCUCCCAAGACCCUCGUGUACGUCCCCUCCUUCUAGGUAAACAACAGAACACGGGCAAUUUUCUCGCAGCGGGAGCCAAGCUACCCAUCUGCUUUAUUCAUGGUGCAAAGGAUAAACACUUGGAUGUGCACAAGAUCGAGAAAUUCGUUAGAGAACAAUUGGGCGAGGUCGAAUUCCAUGCACUCAAUGAAGCCGGUCAUAUGGCCUUCUAUGAGUGUCCCGAAAAGACAAACCGGCUGAUCCUGGAUUUCAUGCGUCGUACAUCAGCAUAG